UAUAAAGUCUAGAGGAACCAAUACUCAGAUCAUUACGACUUGUUGCAUUCAAUCCUGAACACGGCGCACAAACUUUCGCUAAGAAAACACACUUUCAAUAAAUUUUAAAAAUACAUAAAAACGCAAUUAUGGGAUACUCUGCAAUACUACUGGGAUUUUCCUGGUUGGUGUUGAUCAACAGCACUGGAUUCGCAGCAGUCAUACCGAUAAACCACAUUGUUGAGAACUCUGUGGAUGAAUCGACAUUCAGAGAUAAUGAAAGAGCUACUGUGAAAUUAGAACUUAAGGAUUGGGUAAUGGUAAAAACAACACCUUCGGAACCUAUUCGAGUUCCUCCUGGUGGCAGGGUUGAACUUGAAUGUACGGUUUUCGGUAGUCCCGUACCCCAUGCUCUGUGGACUCGAGGAGUACAACUCAAUCAGAUUACAGUGGGUCCUAAUGAAUUCGAGGAUUCUGGAGAAUUUCAAAGUGUUGGUAAAAUGACUAUAAGGCAUAUAAUCGAUUGCGUCCAACCUCAUCACCAAGGGUUGUACACUUGUACCGGUCAGGCAAGAGAUCAGACAAUGGCUAGUGACCCCGUGGCAAUUUCAGUUGAAGGCAGGCCCGUUCAGUGUUCCAAAGGUAAAGCUAGAAUAACAAAGUGGAGUCCGAUUAUCACGCAAAUGAUCGGCACAAACGUGGUGAUCCCCUGCGUGGCGUCGGGUAAUUCACUGUACCGGCAAUACUGGAAGGAUAACUUCGGCAACAUAGUGGACACCGACAUGGAUCCGCGGCGUAAGAUGGGAACCGAAGGCGAGCUGAUCCUGAACAAUUUGAGCUGGUCGGACAUGGGUGAGUACACUUGUGUCGUGGAAAAUUCCGUAAGCCGAGAUUCCACGUCGACAUUCCUCUACCCGAUGCUGCCCAAUGCUUAGAAUACUCGUAAUCCACGUGUGGAUUCAUAUCGCCCGGACACCGUAAACGUUUACUGCACUUAAUCGAUUCUCUUCGUUCAGAUAUAAUAUACAGUGCUGUGGAUCUGCCGAUUUAUAUAAUUAUAUAUAUGCCUACCGAUCAAACCAUUUAAAAUCAUAUAAAAUGUGCUUAUAGUAAAACGUUAAACAUACAUCAACGUCAAUGCGAUAAUAGUAUUAUUCUCUAUCAACAUCUCGGAUUAGUCAAAACUAGAUACUGCUGUGCCGCUUCAAUAGAUAAACGAAUAUGCUUCCGAUGCUAUACAUGCAGUGUAAACCAUUGAGUAUUGAUUGUUUAAUUUUAUUAUUUUAAGUAUUGCUUGUCUGCGUCGAGUCUCGUAUUGUUUUAUGACUUAUGUAAAGGGUUGAGGGAGAAUGUUUCUUAAACUCGAACAUAAUAGUAUUUUAUUACUGUUAAUUUUUUUUUUUUUUUUUGUUAUUUAUUUAUUUAUGUAUAAUUACUUUGCAAGUUGAAUAAGAAUAAAGCUGGUAAAAACUAAUGGUAA